AUGUCUGAUGUUUUGGCUGUUGAUAAAAUUUGUCUUCCUCGUCCUUUAUUUGAUGCUGCUCCAUCAAUAAUACCAGGCAAAUCUAAUAAUUGUAUUAUAGCUCCAUUAUGGGAAAGUGUACCCGCUAUACAAUCAACUGUCGUAAAUUCGUGUUCAGCAACUUUACUAAAAGUGUUUGUUACAAGACUCAAAAAUGUUGACUUACCAACCGAUGGAAAUCCAAUCAAACAUGCUCGUCCAUCUCCUGACUUAGAUAUUUCCCAUCCUUUACCUUUAACUGCUGCUCCCUUUGGAAGAUCUAAUUCUGCUUUCAAUUUAGCUAGUUUGGCUUUUAAUAUUCCUAGAUGA